AUGGUUUUUUCCAGAAAAGAUUUUGGUCUAACAUGUUUUACGCAAAAAAUUUGGUCGCUCUGGUUGGAUAGAAAUGACAAAGUCUUCAAUGGGAAGGAUUCUUCAACUUUUGACUCGUAUGCUAUUAUUCUUCAUCUUCUUUCUCCUUGGGUGAAGGCACUUGACGCAGAUUUUCCGUACUCAGCAACAGAUUUGUUUAUUACAUCUGAAUCCAUAAGGUCUUGGACUAAUCAUCCAAAGUGCAGGCGUGUGUCUCCAUGGAUUGCCCCUACCCUUUCUAGCUUCAACCGGAACGUUGAUGGCUCUUCUCUAGGAAGGCCUCGAUGUAUGGACUCUAAUGCUGCAGAACUACUAGCCAUCCGCAAGGCUCUGGAAAUUUCAGUACCUUUACCUAUUUUGAAGGAAGGCUCAUUCCCCAUUUACUUAGAAUCAAACUUGCAAGUUGUCGUCUCAUGGGUCUUAGACUCUCCAUCAGCUCCUUGA